AAAACUAUAUAUAAUAAUAAUACUGAAAAUUGUUUGGCAAUUAUGAUGCCAUACGAUAGGCGCCGGCGUCUACUGAGUGCCGGUUCACUCUAUCUGGACGUCGAUAAAGAUCUUAAGGAAACUUUCGAAGAGCUAACCAAAGAUGAAAAUAUUGGCGCAGAUCUUGAGUGGCGACUGAAACCACUGAGAGCUGAGUUCAAGUCCAAAGGCAAUGAUGUCUUGUUCAGGAAGUAUGAAUCACGACUACAGCACCGGCUGUUUAGUGUACUACUGAUGCUUAAUGUUGUCAUCAAUUUUAUGGACACUUUCUGGUAUUUUUAUUUUAAGACCGACUUUAUAUUUCCAUACCCGGCAAUGUUGCGACUAUCGGCACUGAUAGUCUACGUAUCGUUCCUCAUCAUUGCCCAUCACAAUGAAAAAUGGUUGCGCACACCGUUUGCCCGUAUCGUUGCGGCCAUAACCGUACUGAUGGCCAUGAUUUAUGCCGAAUACGGCGGUUUCCUAUUUACAUUGACCGGCGAUCGUUCAACAUUCAAAUGGAAACGUUUGAGGCCAGUCUACUAUCUGAUCAUAUGCAACGAACUACUACUACCGUUCCCCUCACGUAUCUAUUCAAUAGUGGCCACUGCGUUGAUCAUCGGUAUCGAAAUGGCUGUCACUUUGGUUUGGCCACAUAUGUCCGAUACUAAUUGUAAACUAUUGACACCGCAUAUGCUGAACUCAACAGUGGCCACUUUCGGCGACUAUUACGAUGACUAUAAAUAUCUGGUAUCCGACCUGUUUUUCUACGGUUGUGCCGCAUGUGUGGCCUACUAUGUGGCCAAUUUGUUGGAGAUUGUCAAUCGGCGGGCAUUUCUCGAUCAUCGCCGUUGUGUUGAAUCCAAGUUCAAGUUGAACAUCGAAAAGGAUCAACAGGAAGGCCUAUUGGGGUCAUGUCUACCCCAGCAUCUGAUGCAAAAAGUCAAACGCGAUAUCAAAUCCAAAUACGUCCAACUGAUGGCCACUACCGACACAAACGGUGACAAUAGUAAAAACCAAUCGUUUUCCCGGCCGUUCAACGAGCUGUAUGUCGAAAAGUUUACGGAUGUGACCAUUUUGUACGCCGAUAUUGUCAACUCUAUGCUAUUGACCGAAUCGCUUGAAUCGCCGCAGGCAUUGGUCGAAACACUCAACGAAUUGUUUACCCGAUUUGAUAAUAGAGCCGAAGCUAAUAAUUGUCUGAGAAUUAAAUUGUUAGGCGAUUGCUAUUAUUGUGUGAGUGGUAUACCUGAAUACGAUCCAAAUCAUGCGCUCAAUUGUAUUAAUAUGGGUAUUGAAAUGAUUGAAAUUAUUAAAAGUAUAAAAGAUGAAUAUCAAGUGGACGUCAAUAUGAGGAUCGGUGUACAUACCGGUACCGUACUAUCCGGGCUGAUUGGACUGAAAAAAUGGCAAUACGAUAUCUGGUCGGCCGAUACUAUGAAAGCCGCGCACAUGGAGCACGAUGGUAAGGCCGGUUAUGUACACAUAACCAAAACAACACUGGAUCUGGUACCCAGACAUUUAAGAUCCGAGUUUAUUAUAUCAGAAUAUAAUGUAAACCCGGAUGAGACAACAUAUUUGAUACGUAAAUCAAAAAUACAUUUAUCGGCCGCAAAAUAUGUCAAACAAUAUUCACGUACCGAAAGUAAAACUGUCGAUAAAGUUAAGUAUCAUAGAAAUUCAUCAUUAUCAUCCAGAUCAUCCUCAUAUAUUGGUUCAACAAACCUGUCCCGCAGGAGGACUGUCCUCGAGUUAGGCAAUGAAUACAGUUUAGAGCAAUUUCGCAAAAUGUUAAACUUUGCCACCGAUACCAUGUCUAAUGCAAUCGAUAAGAUGCCACUUAACUUGAGAAGACAAUACGAUAUAUCGCAUCCGUCUCUGGAAAUUAAUCCACAUUUACUACACUUUAUACCGAAAAAACAGCAAACAAUGAAAGAUUUGGGCAAAAAUCCUGUCAAACAUAUCCAUACAGUGGAUAAACCAAAUGAAUUGAAAUAUUUGACCGAAAAUGACCAAAUGUUUCCGAUUUAUUUGUACUGUUCGGCGAUAAUAAGUGUGGCCAUUAUGGUCAUCCGUUUUUUGACACUAUAUGAUGAACAUACCGAUUGGCUAGAGUUUUGGUAUACUAAUGGCAGUAUUGUCUUCUACUUUACCAUUGCUAUCAUCAGUUGUUCAUUGUUUAUCAUUCACUAUAGAAAACAUGAGAUUCCCUACUAUUACAGAGUAUUAAUCUGGUUUUCGAUAACAUUUUCAUUGAUAUUGAUUGCAUCACUGGAACAGAUCCAGUGUCCGGUCAGCGAUCGGGUUAAGACUCAAGAGGAACGUAUUGAAGACAUCGAUCGACAUAACAAUAGUCACGAAUGUCUUUAUAAAUGGAGCCGUUACUAUACCUAUUCAACAGUAUUGGCCAUAACAUCCAUAUCGAUGUUCAUCCGUAUAACUCUAUGGCUGAAAUUCAUAUUGAGCACAGUUAGCCUGGUAUUGGUCAACGCCCUGACCCAACAUCAUCGAUGUUCAGUAUUCCUGAAAAUCGACACAUUCUAUAAUAAACAGGAUGUCCAGGAACUGGAGUUUUUCAGUCCUCGAUUAGCUCACAUGCAGUACCUGUUUGUUGUCUAUCUAAUGUUUUACAUAAUUGACCGACAAAUCGAGUAUAUCCUCCGAUUGGACUUUCUAUGGUCAGCCAAACUCAAACGGGAACGACACGAAGCAAAAGUUACCCGCGAUAUCAACCAGUUAUUAUUGAAAAAUAUUCUGCCCAUACAUGUAGCGGAACGGUAUCUGUUGAAUACACCCGAUGCCAUCACUGUCGAUGAUCUAUACUACGAGGCCUAUAGUUCAAUAGCGGUAAUGUUUGCGGCUAUACCUAACUUUUUUAUCAAUGAGUCCGAUACCGAUGCCGAUGACGGUCUGAAAAUAUUGGGAAUUUUAAAUGAGAUUAUCUGUGAAUUUGAUCGGUUAUUGGCUGUACCGACGUUUAGUCAUAAAAUUGAAAAAAUCAAAACAAUUGGCAGCACUUAUAUGGCCGCUUCGGGACUGAAACCAGGUAGAGGUUCAGUAGAUAGUGUUAUCAGUGUUGAGGAACAGUUAGAAAAUCUUUAUGUAUUGAUCCGAUUUGCUAUGGCUAUGAUGAAGACAUUGAGAAAAUUUAAUAACCGUAUGAAAGAGUCGGAUGAACUGCACAGGGAUUUUCAAUUGAGAAUCGGUAUAGCAAUGGGACCGGUCAUUGCUGGAGUUGUCGGUUCAGUUAAGCCACAGUACGAUAUAUGGGGCGACACAGUGAACGUCGCCAGCCGUAUGGACACCAAUGGAUUGCCCGAUAAGAUUCACACUACCGAAGAAGUGGCCAAAAUUCUUAUUGCAUUUGAAUCGGAUUUUCGGCCCAAAUGCAGGGGAACUAUGAUUAUCAAAGGCAAGGGUCGGCUAACCACUUAUCUCAUUGAUGGCCAUCAACGGGACGACAAUAUUGUACAAGAAAUAUACGGAUUGAUCUGA